AUGGAGGGUAUCAAGUUUUCAGUCUCACAACUAGAUUCCUUGAAGCAAUUUGUAAAGUAUAUUAAAUACAAUCCUAGAGUUUUGGAUGAUAGUGAAGAGUUAGCUUUCUUUAAGGAUUUUCUGAUUAAUGAUUGUGGAGCAACCAAAUUCGUUUCAACUCCUUUUGUAAAUAAUGUAUCAUCACCUUCAUCAUCAACAAUAAUUAAUUCAUCAUCGGAACAAGAACAAUUCAAAGAGGAACUACAAGAAGAAGAGGAACCUGAAGGAUUUUUAAUUAAGGAAGUAAAAACUAAAUCACUGAUUUUGGAAAUUGAUGAUCAACAAGUCACUAAUGAUAAAAAGGAGAACAAACCUCCAGUUGAGGAAAAGAAUGUAAUGAAGGAAAUGACCAAUGUUAGAGAGUCUACGGCAAUUAAUAAUGGUUAUGUAGAGGAAACUUCUAACUCACCAAAGAUUCCUCUCAUUUCUGAACCAACAGCAACUAAGGAGAAAAUAAUUGAACCUGAAAAGGAGACUGUACUCACAAACAGUGAUUCAAAAUAUAUGAGUAUAAUGAACAUGUCAGAUUCAACAUCAAAUGUAAAGGAAAAGGAUAUGAAAGUGGCCAAUGAAUGUACAAAGAAAGGAAAUGACCUUUUCAAAAAGAAUGAAUAUCAAUUAGCUGCAAUUUAUUAUGGAAAAGCAAUUGAAUGUUCAAAUGGAGAAUCUGCAAUGACAUUUAUUAAGAGAGCUGAAUGUUUAGCAAUGAUGAACAAACCAUUGAGUGUGAGGAGAGAUUGUGAUCAAGCAAUUAAACUCAAUCCAGAUGCUGGAAAAGCUUACAAUUUGAGAGGAAAAGCUUUAUUAGCUCUUGGGAAGGUUGAUUUGGCAAAGAAGGAUUUGGAAAUGUUUAAACAGUUAAAUAGUGAUAUUUCUAAUAUGGAUAAGGUUGAUAAAUUAAUUGAUCAAAUUAAUGAUAUCAGAAGUGUGGAAAAGAAGGAGGAAAACCCAACUACUACUACUUCUAAUACAGCUACUACUAAACAAAGUACUCCACCCCAACAACAACAAUCAAGCACAACCUAUUCACAAACAACUCAAAAAUCUUCUACAACAUCAUCUUCCACUAGUUCAAAUAGUUCUUCUAAACCAACCAAUAGUAACAGUUCUAAUAAUGGUAGUGCUUCCACAUCUGGACAUGUCCCAAACUUUGUCAAUCCACAUGUAAUGAAACUUGUUUCUGGAGAUGAAUAUUUAAUGAGAGGAUUUCAAAAUCCAAGACUUGUAAAUGCAAUUAAUGAAAUUGCUAUGAAUCCAUCAGCCUUCUUGAAAUAUAAUCAUGACAUUGAGGUUGUAACAAUGUUUAAAAAGUUUACAGAAAUUAUAGGAAAGGCAAAUAAAUAA